AUGAUCGAGCUCACUGCCCCACUACUCGCGAGCUGUCUGUGCAUCACUGCCAGGCCACUGCACCAACUUGAACCCAACUCCUGGCUUAUCGCUGCUCAAGGCCACUGGUGGGUUAGGGCUCGUCCAAAAAUUAUUCCACACUCCCGCUUUCUCACCAACCUUGCGCAUCUCCAUUUCCUAAGUCAUCUCAACACCAACCUUGAAAACGGCCAACAGUCCAACUUGACAAAGUAA